GGAGUGCGUGGUAACGUCGCGAUGUCCAGCACGUCACUGACGGGCGUCGCGACGCUCCCAACAGCCAGUGGUUGCGGAAAAAGUGGCACAUGCAUCGGUUAAGUGGCCUUUUCGUUCUCUUCCUUUGCCCACAAUCGCGGCUAUGCAUCCUCGGUUGCGCAUCUUCGCGGUUUGCCAACAGCGUUUGCGCGACAUCGAUCUGCGAUAUUUCGCGGUCUCGCCCCUCGGUAAACGUCACCCCGUACCAGUUCGACACGGCGGAUGUUCCUCGGAGGACCCGCCGUUUGCGCCUAUAAUAUGGAACAUUGUUCUGCAGUUCUCGAUCGACGACGAGAUCGAGAAAUUCCUAAGACAAGAAAGCGAUGCGUAGCCUUGCUCGCAGGCUUCUAGUAUGGCUGGCAUUCGUACUGUCCCUCCUGGUGGCCGGUCGUUUGCUGUUCGGCCGCGAUUUUCGAUUGCCGACAACGACAAUCGUUUUUCAUGACGAUAGCAUCUCAAUACCGAAUAGCGGUCAUACGAAUUCGCAGCAAGAUUCUGGUCCGCCGGGACCGCCCGCUUAUGCAGCAGGCAUGUACAUGACGGGUCGGCAACCCCACAACGGAAGUGCUUGCAAGUGGUAUCACGGUUUACCGGAUGUUCUUUCUUAUCCACCGUCCAGGCUCACUUGGAGCCCCGAAAUCGGCGAGAGAAGCCCGUACAGAGUCCUACCAUUCGUGUUGCGCGGCUCCACCGAAGCGACAGACGGGUUGCCGCAAGUCACGCUAUCCACACAUGCCACUGCCGAUCAGGUUUACGGAAUCGUGGAGCUGGCCAGACGAUGGGAAGGACCGCUCAGCCUGGCGGUGUUCGCGCCAGGCCUCGAUGCCGGCCUCGCUGUCGCUCAACUUGAUCGGGCCUGUCGAUGCGAGCCUGCCAUGUACAAGGUUUCCGUCCACUUGGUGUUUCCGGCCGGUCGACCGCCCGCUCUAAGUGCGAUCAGUACUCGAGGCGAUUGCGCCGCCUCUGAUCUUCAGUGGCGACAGGCCGAUACCGAGAGGCGAAAGAUGAGCAUGACAUAUCCGAUCAACGUUGCCCGGAACGUGGCGAGAACGGCGGCAAACACGUCUCGUGUGCUGGUGUCGGACAUCGAGCUGCUGCCAAGCGCGCGGCUGGCUUCCGGUUUCAUGAACAUGGUACAUCAGAGACCGCCCAAGAUCGGCGUAAUCUUCGUCAUACCCGUUUUCGAGAUAGAAUCCAACGAACCGCCGCCGGCGACGAAGCACGAGCUUCUCGCCGCCUGCCGAGCCGGUUUAGCGAUAUAUUUUCAUAGGUUCCUCUGUCCGCACUGCCAGCGAUUUCCCGGAUUGACUAGGUGGAUGAUCAGGCCGGAUCCGGGCAGAGUUCGACCGUUGAUCAUCACCAAAAGGGAAUAUCCGCAUCACAGGUGGGAGCCGGUUUUCAUCGGCACGCGCGAGGAUCCGCUAUACACGGAAGAGAUGUCCUGGGAAGGAAAACAGGAUAAGAUGACCCAGAUGUUCGAGAUAUGUCUUCUGAAUUAUCGUCUAGUUGUGCUCGAUGGUGCCUUUUUAGUGCAUACUCCGGGAAUCAAGCGGAAAACGCACAAAAUUAUCGCGGCCACGCAGGAGUUCUUCCGGCCGCACGAAAGGCGAAAUGCCAGGAUCUAUCAACGCGUGACAAAACGUUUAAUCAAGCAAUAUCCGAUUAACCAUAGGUGCUCGCACUGAGAUUUUUAAAUAUAAACAUAAUUUUUCCUCUCCUGAAAAAAAAUAAAAAAAUAAAAAUAAAACAGGGCGAAACAGAGAGAGAUUACUUGACGCGCAAGCGGUGCCUGAUAUAUCUGUAUACGAACGAUAGGGGAAAUAUUUUUCGGCGACAUCGCGAGUUUUAAUUAGAUUUAUAGAAGAAUAUAUCAAUCGUUUUUCGAAUAUAUCACCGCGGAAAUAAAGAUUUUUAUACGGAAAGAAGUAAA